GCAUGCAACACGGAACAAUGUUUCGUUCUAUAUAGAGCUUCGUAAUGUUAUGGUGGGGCUCUACACUGAGUGAAACGUUGACGCCCUCCCCGCCAUAAAAGUUUGUCCUGUAGUGCGAAUAUGUUAGCUUGUGUUGAAGUGUUUUGUUUGAGAUUCUCAUUGCUUUUUUCUCUCUUUGCAGCCGUGGUGGGUGAAAACGCAACCGAAGGAGGAGGAGGAGGAGGAGGAGGAGGAAGUGAAGGCCCUGGAGUAGGCGGCACCAGCACUGGAGGAGGAGGAGGAGGGGGAGGAGGAGGAGGAGCAGGAGGAGGAGGAGGAGGAAACAGCAGUGGAGGUGCAGGAGGAGCUGUGGUUAACGGAGCUGGAGGUGGAAGUAGUGCAGGAGAAAGAGGAGGAGGUGCUGGAGAGAGAGGAGGAGGAAGUGGAGGAGGAGGUGGAGAAAGAGGAGGAGGAGGAGGAGGAGGAGGAGGAGGAGGAGGAGGAAGAGUGCCAAACUACAAGUCCAGAGUGAAAGGUGCCAGUCAGGUUCAGUUCAGUUUGAACUUGAUUAGAGCAGCGCAGAGAGAACUACAGUUCCUGUACUUUGUCAACAGGCACCCGGCACUCUACCAUGGAACUCUCGUCAAGAGUGCCAUCCAGAGGUAUGAGCUACUCUGGCUGCCUCUGGCUGCUAACUGCACAGAGAAGAUCCUGGCGCCUCCGUCAGACGUACACUGGGUCUGGUACGUGCACAUGCUGGCUCCUGAACACUAUGUACGAGACUGUCACAACAUUGUUGGCCAGAUUGUUGACCACAAGCUUUUCAAGCUGAAGGCGCUGAAGAAGGCUCACAAGAGAACUCGGAAACUCUGGAUGGAAAUGUAUCCUGACGAACCUUUCGAUGUGAUUCUUGACGGAUCACAACCAGUGUCACUUUCCCAGUACACGUCCCUUAUAAGUUACGACCUGGAGGCUGCAGUGGGGAGGCAGAGUGCGUUCUACUAUCAGGUGUCAUUACCACACUGCCUGACGAAGCCAUUCCUGAAGGAGGCGGUGGAACGCUACAAGAAGUUUAUAUAUCUGAAGUCUACCCACCCGUCAGAGUUCCUCGUUCCUUGCUACGACAUGGACAUCAUCUGGCAUGCUCACAUGGUCCACCCUAAGAAAUACCAGAAAGACACACAUCGCGUCCUGGGCAAGACAUUGAACCAUGAUGACUCCGUCAACGACAGGUCGCCAGGGUCUAAACUAACUACCUCCGACGGCUCCACACGGAGGCUGUGGGCUCAGGCUUUCGGUGAGACCUUCAGUAGGAACGGUUCAAUGUUCCGUGGAGAUCCUCCCUCCUGUGUCAUCGAACCUAUACCUCCUGAGUUGAAGAAGGCGGCGCUGGGGUCUGCCUUCCAGCUUCACGUCAGGAAGGUAGCUAUAGGUGGAGCGCCUCCAGGUACUCUCAAGAUCAAACUCCUUCACCAGUUCCGUAACUUAGAGAAGCAGCGGCUAGGGAAGAUCACUGUCUUCAAGGAACAUGGCUACGACAUGUCCGAACACAACAUUGCUGACCUUGGCUUCGAGUUUACACUUCCUGAUAAGGUGGUCAGAGACCAGUUCGUGUUGGAGAUGGUGAGUCAGAAAGACGGAAUCAAGUCUAUGUUGAGUAGCGGCUCUCAGAACUUCGAGUGUAACGGCCACUUCGACUUUGCCGAACUCUUAAAACUAAGAGACGACACUGCUACCAUCAUCAAGACAUUUAUCGAGAAGGACAUCAGGGUGGAACUAACAUUCGGUAUCAGAGUGGUGACGGCCCAUCACUACGCUACCAUGGCCGUCUUAACCGGUCCCUUCCAGCCGGCUAGCUUCGAUCCAGCUACCGUCCGUUCCCUCUACGGUAUCGUUCCUCACGUCUACGACACCGACUCUGAACAAGAUCUGUACAAAGCGGAAAUGGCUACACACAGGUAUUGUUGCUGUAGUGAGGACGCCCAAAUGGGGCCCCCUGGUUCUGUCCUCCACUAUUGCAACACCACCACCCCGACCCCUCAGGAUUUGGCCUAUACUAACGAGGGAGGACACAAUUUCCGGACGAUAUCGUUGAAUCCUCGGCGAGGUGAGAGAGGAAUGGUGAUCAAAACACAUGAUGGUGACUGGGCGCUGGUGACUGCUGAGUGGGCAGGACUUUGUAACGGAGUCCCCGCAGUGUCGUCUUCAGGAACGAGGGGCCAGGAGACUGCAGACACCUCCAGGAUGAACGGCAGCAGCUCUUCCUCUAGCAGAAACAUCAAUGGUUCGCAGUCUACCCUAGUGGCAAACGACACCUCAGCAGGCGUAGUAGGAGUAGCAGCAGCAGGAGGAGGAGGUGGUGGAGGUGGAGGUAGCCUCGCCAACGAGUCUAGUAGUGGAGUAGAAACUGCAUCCCAGCCUGAGGGACGUGGACGACCAGGAUCACCUGGGCAUUUGCUACUACAUAUUCACCAGUUAAGACAGUUCCAGUACCGCUCGGUUAUUCUUCCUUAUGAACGACGGGAGUAUACUUUCUGCCUAGGAGGAGUGACCAUUGACAUGGAACGAGGUGUCUUGGAGGUGGGUCUCGGCAACCCGUCUCUGGUGGAAAACAUCUCUCUGGCUCUGAGUGCUGCUGUGCUUCACGUUCUGUGUCAACCUAGACCUGACAGACCAGUCGUUGGUCAGACCAAUCGUAUUCCAGUGGAGAAGUUAAGUCUGCUCCACGCCUUGGGUUAUUAUGCUGAUUCAGCUCCACACAACUCCUUCCUCAGGUCCUGCACGGGAGAUGGGUGUGGCGGGUGUGGUUCCUGUGGUGGGUGUGGUGGGUGCGGAGGCUGUGGUGGGUGUGGAGGGUGUGGGGGAUGUGGUGGAUGUGGCGGGUGUGGAGGUUAAAUAAAUAGGAUAUUAGGGUUGUAAUACUUUCUGUUCCUCUGUUAUAUAUAUAUUUUUUCCCUUUGCUUCUCACCCGUAUUUGAUGGUAUCUUGUGCGGUGGAGACAGCAGCUGUCAAACACCUGUCACUGUAAGAGACAGCUGUUAAACAUCUGUCAGUUAAAGAGACAGAGUGGUAUUGUUAUUGAUAAAUCUCACACAGCAUCCUGUCUUCAUCUCGUGAAGACCUCACAACAUCCAUCGCUGUGCCUAGGAAAUGAAAUUCACUCGUAUUAAGAAUGUAAAUUAAUAUGGAUCACAAUACCGUGGCUGGAACAGUCCACAACUAACCCAAAAUACGGUGACUGGAACAAUUCACAAACAACCCACAAUAUCGUGUCUGCAACACUUCACAAUUAACCAACAAUACCACUCUGACAACUUAAUACAAUGCUACGUUUCGCCCCCAAUGGGCAGAAACGUAAGAAGGGUCCACUUCCGAAGCCACGUAUAAUCGUGCGCCACACAGCUCAUCAUCACUUCAUCAAAUUCCAACUUUCAAAAGCUUGACUUCAUUAAUAUCAAAAAUGAAAGUUGAACUAGGGUAACAACAGAGUUGCAAAGCUUCUUAAUUGCAGCUGUGGGGAGUUAUUGCAUGGGAAGCAACAUGUGCAACACGAGAAAGCAACAUUAGCAUCGCCAGGGUCUCCAGGAUACAAAUAAAUGAAUACUUCAUUCUGAUGCCAAAUAUUUUUUUAGCUUUAGAGUCAGUCUGUAUACUGAGAAUUUUCUCCUGAGAACUCUCUUCUACAGACAAGAGAAAUCCCAGUGAACUUUCUCCUGAAAACUCUCUUCUACAGACAAGAGAAAUCCCAGUGAACUUUCUCCUGAGAACUAUCUUCUACAGACAAGAGAAGUCCCAGUGAACUUUCUCCUGAGAACUCUCUUCUGCAGACAAGAGAAAUCCCAGUGAACUUUCUCCUGAGAACUCUCUUCUGCAGACAAGAGAGUUAGCAACCUUUCUCUUGUCUAGUAAAGGCAAUAUUUUAACUGCUAGAUAUGUUUGUACCGCUCCCAGUCUAGUUACUCAUUCUAGGUGAUGUUAGAACACACUUGUACCGCUCUUUGUAUAUUUUUACUAGACAUUUGUACUUGUAGUAUAGAAAUG